GUACGCGCUUGUUGUGGUCGUGUCAUGGUUGUGUUGGUCGCAUCAAAUUUUACACGGUCGGCCGUUGUAAGAAUUUAAUUUUUUGCCAAAAUUUUUAGCCCAACGGUUUACGGAAACGAUCGCCAGUAGCGUGAGUUGUUUAUCAGUUAGUUUAACCGCUGUACUGUAAAUAGCCUAUGGAGUCGAUGGACGACCAGAUUGUGUCUCGCAUUCGAAAAAAGCUCAACGACGAGAGCGUGAAGCUGUGGCUACCUCCUUUUACCGUGGACGACCAGGAAGGUACCAUUCCUGAUACCUUAGUGGUGCGGUAUGCGACUGAAUUGCAGCUGGAUCCAAGUGUUGUGCUUGCUGCCCUUAAGCACUUGAGAUGUCACGCCGUUGCAAAACUGGCCGCGAAUCGGAAGUACCAAAGUACAGGCGUUGCUACUUUGAGAGUAAGGGUUGUCAACCCUCGCCAGCAACCACGCAAGGAUUUUGAACUGAUUGAAAUUGUGCUUCAAGAAAGUGGUCGGAAGUUGCGAGAAACAGUUGCUUCCAUGAGUGGAAUGGACCCAUCCAUGGUUAAAUUGAUCUCUGGUGGCAGGGUGAUCCGAGAUGACUGUUCUUUACAAGAACAAGGCAUCAAGCAUAACGGGCAGUUGAUGGCGUUGGUUCUUGUGGAAACUGCUGAUGAGGCAAGGGAACGAGAAAGGCAGGAAAUCGAACUGAAUAAAAUUCGCGAGGAUGCUGGCCUUCUGUCCUCUGUUGAUUCAGAUGACCCUAGCAGCAGAUAUUAUAUGCAGAUAGCUGACCAAACGGGAAAGCCCAUUUCUCUACCUCUGGCAGAAAAGAAGGCGCUUGGUGUAGCUAUGGUCCUUCAUGAGAAAGGUCGUGCAGCUUUGAAACGGAAGAAGUACAGUGAGGCUUUGCUGCUGCUACUGGAAGCUGAAAAAGAAUUCAGGACCUGCAAUUCAGAGCUGCUGACAAAUGUGGACAACUAUGCAUUGCUGUGCCUUGACAUUGCCUGGUGCUACCUCUCGUUGAGAAGUGUUGACCAGUUGUUCGACGCAGAGGCACGACUCAAGGAAUGCGAAAAUGGCUUUCGGCGCUCUUAUGGCGAGAAUCUGGAACGCCUCACUGCAAUCAAGGGUGGCUCAAACAAAGAAGCAGCACUCUUCUGCCGAUUACAUCUCCUGCAAGGCAUUGUGGCCUUUCAUCAGGAGCAUUACCCUCAGGCACGGCAGUAUCUGCAAAAGGCAGCUACUCUCAUUUCACAGCUCAAGCUUGAUGACUCGAAAUUGGCACAGGUCAUGGCGAUGGGAUUCUCGGAAUCUGUUGCCCGCUUGGCACUGCGUUCAGUUGGAGGAGACGUGGAUCUUGCUGUGCAGCACAUCAUUACGCGGCAAGAUGAGAAGAAAGCGCAACAGGAAAAAGAACUGGAGGAGAGGAAUCUGAAGCUUCGAAAGCGCAGUCUGGGCAAGACUUGCAAUGGAGAAUGGGUUAGUGUGGAGAAGUACGAUGCAUUGAAGGCGAUGGGCUUCCCUGCAAAUAAUGCACGCCAUGCCCUGCAACAGGCCAACAAUGACAUAAAUGUUGCACUUCAGAUACUCCAGCAGCCGCCGCAGCAGGACCAGCAGCUUCCUACCGCUGCAUCCAGCACUUCAGUUGCAUCUUCAUCUUCAGCAGCACAGUCCGUGUUGGGAGUGAAUCAAGCUGUUUGGGCCCAGUUAGCUCAGCAGAGCAUUUCAACUGAUAUGUGGGCCACAUUAACGAGACUCAACAUUGACUUUGAGGUUGUCUGUGAGGCCCUGUGCAGAAAUAAUGGUGACGUGGAUGCAACACUGAGUGAACUCUUGGGGGACAGUGAAAGUGCUGAUGAUGAAAAGGAGCGGGAUGCAAUGCAACGGCUUGCGCAUGAUAUCUCUGUCAACGAAGAGGAUUUCCUUGAUGUGUCCCUCGAUGAAGAGCUUUCCUAUCUCAAGGAAUAUGAGGCAAAGCUUGCAAGCUUGGGCCACUGAAUGUUCCUGAUGCUGCAGCUAGAACUGUAUUGUGUCAAUGCAUGGAUUCAAUUUGACCACCAUGUGUCCUGCUGCUGUCAUUUAAAUUGUGUUGUGUGAAUGCAUGGAGGGGAGUAUGCAUAAAAAUUGUGCUCGAAGUACCUGUUGUGUGAUGCAAUACAUUAAAGCCCAUUUUUAUAUGCUACUACCACAGCUUUGAUAAUUCAAAACUGUGUCACCUGUCCAGCAAUGUGAUGUGUACACAGGGACAAGAGUGUGAAAUGUAUUUUUUAUAGUGUUUUGUGUGUUCAGGGCAGUUUUCUAUAUUAGUGUGAUAUCUGCAUUGCAUUAAGCAUGAAUGUUGUGUAAUCUCCUCAUUAGUGCACAGCAGGUUAAGCUUGUUGUCCAUUGAUGCAAUUGCAGAGAUGAUGUGUUCAUAACUGCCAAUUUUUCUAGUGCCAUAACUUUUUUAAGCCCAGGCUUCUGCAGUGCCUGCCCAUUCUGGCCUUAGUAGGUUAGUGCAUUAUGUUGAUUCUUACUGUGGGUGUGACUCAAUGCACUGCCACAUUGGGCUACAAGUUACAUGUUGACUGUUCUUUCACUUUAAUGAAACAAUGCUCAGGUGUGAUAGAACAGACAUGCUUGCAAGCAAUAUUGACCAAGGAGUAUUUUUGUUUGGACAAACUUGCAACUUUCCAAAAUUCCAAUAAUCUGAAAAGACUAAGUGAGGCACCUUUUGUGAAAUCAAUUUGGUUUUCGUACAUUUCUGGCUGAAUUAAUUCCACAUAGUCAUACCUAAGGCUUUAUUGUUGGCAUUGCUCAUGUUGAGCCUUUUUUUUUAUUAUUAUUAUUUAGUGCCCAUUGUUAUUUAUUUGAACUUCGUUCAGUUUAUCUGAGUUCACCUUUUCUGUGAUACUGUUUCUUUCGUGUGACCAUGCCCAGCAUUUUAUCAUGCAACUACUGCUUGUUAGAAUGGCAUUGUUUGAAUGGUACUUUGGGCUCGUUGGAGAUUCAAUAUCGACAUGUUUGCGCAGCAGAAAUGUAAUAAGGACAGAGGAGAGGACACAACACAGUACCUAUGCUGUCCUCUCCUCUGUGCUCGUUCCAUUUGCACUGUGCAAGCAUGUCGAUAUUGGGCUUUGUGUUGGGUUUGAUGACGUCACAGUUCAGUCUUCACAGGAAUGUCUUGUGCACAUACAUUUUUCAGUAGAUGGGCAUCUUGUGUCUCAAAUUUUAUGGUAUGACACACAUCAAAGGUCUUUACAAAUAAGGUGUCAAUUGUUAGUGUUCCUGUAUGUAUGUGCACCUGUCAUCUUCCUUCUUUUUGCGCUGGUCAACAUUAAGUAUUGGCCACCUUGUUCUCUAGUGUGACGAGAUGUUGCCAAAACACAUCUUGCUAUUUAUACUAUUUCACCUGAAAGCAUUUCAUAUUUAAUAUAAAGAAUUCAUUCCGCUCAUUGUCCGCAUGUUUUUUUUUUCUACAUUGUUUAUUUUGUUGUAUUUGUUUUGUACCGAUCUUAUUAUAUUAAAGUCUUUCAUAGCUGUU